ACACCGACAGUGCCACAGGUCUCCCAAGUGUGUAAUGACAGCUAUUUGAUACCAACCGCUUAUCAUGAAUUAAACAGCCUGAGUGAUGAUCGUGCAAUGACUUAUAUGCCUGUAAUCAUAUUUCUCAUUGUAAUUAUGCUCUUUGGAAUCCUUGGUAACCUGCUUGUACUCUAUAUUUAUUGCUAUGUCUUCAAAAGAAAACCCGCCAACAAUUUCAUCAUUACAAUGGCGGUGUUUGAUUUCUUGGCUUCCGGUAUCGCCAUUCCUUUAGAUAUCUACGACAUGCGCUAUCAUUACACAUUCUACAAUUCCGUAGCAUGUAAAGUUUUCCGAUUUUCUGAAUCAGCAUUCACAAGUGCCUCGUCGUUCAUUUUGAUUUUGAUCGCCAUUGACCGAUACCUUAAAAUUUGUAAGCCUCUUUUGCCUGAGUCGUCCUUACGAAGCAAACUAAUGUGUGCGGGGUCGACUCUGUUUGGCUUCAUCAUCGCCAUUCCGACACUUGUGCUGUUUGGAAUAAACCGUGUACCACUGCAUCCAAGAAUUUUUUGUGGAUUCGAUUGUACCAUUUCGAAUGAAUUCAUGAACAGAAAGUUUAGUAAAUUAUACUAUGCUCUAUUGCUCAGUAUAUUCUGGGUGACAUUAUUCCUCCUAGUGGGAUUCUACAUACGUAUCUGGAUUGCUAUAAAAGAUAGGAGAAAGAAUACAAUCGGAGAGCAGCCAUCAGUAAGCCAUUCAUCGAUUAAAAGUGGAAUUUCAAAAGAGUCAAGACUGAAAGGAAAAGAACGCCAAUCAAGCAUAAAUGUCCACGAUCCAGUUAGUUUAAAAAACGAAAACAAAUCAAUUCUGAAUAGUCAGCUAUCUUGUGCAUCAGGAAAAUCCCUUAUGUCUAGAGUGAGUUCCAACGUAACAAAGAUGACCGGGAAGGUUCGCUGCACGCGGUCAACAAAAAUUUUCAUUGCCGUAACAAUUGCAUUUGUUUUGUCUUUCCUACCCAGUAUAACCGUUAAUCUUCUUCAGGGUUUUGUCAGAAGCAUCAGAAAAAUCAAAUCCAGCGAAUUUAAGGUUAUAAUGAAACUACUGGCCCGUGUCCAUUUCGUGAAUCAUGCCAUAAACCCGCUGAUUUAUAGCUUUUUGAAUGUUAACUUUCUAAGAAAAUGCUCAUAAGC